UGCAAUUUUUUUUUAUUCUUGACAUUUGUGAAAGAGGUUCUAUAUUGAGACUUUUUUUUUCUGUAAAAAAAAAAGUUGAACCAUUUCCCAAAAACCAAGUUGAAAUAUAUUAAAUUCGUUUUUUUUUCUUUUUCCCUUCCAUUGAACCAAACACAACCUUGUAGUUUUCUUCUCCAUGAUUCCACUGAAAACUUAUCAACACCAUUCUUCCUUCUUCUUCUCUUCCAUUUCCAAACCAAACCCACUUCACACUUUCUCUCUCCAACCUCACUUUCUCUCUCUUUCAUCAUCUCCACCACUCAAAUUUCCUCUCAAACCUCCAUCGUCCCCCCUUCAAAGGGUUUCAAAUAUUGAAUUAUCAAUUCACAGCAAUCAUGAAAAACUUCAAGAUUUGUCUCCAAAAGGGGAAGUGUAUCAGAAGACACUUCAGUUGGUUGAAUGUUCCAUGUUUGCUGCACUCACUGGUUUAGUCUAUUUCUUGAGCAGUUCACUUGCCAUUGAGAAUUACUUUAAUUUAUUCUUCGCGUUACCAAUAGUGAUAUCGUCGAUGAGAUGGGGUGUUGAUGCUGGAAGGAAAACGAUGGUUGCAACAACUAUACUUUUGUUUGUCUUGUCUGGUCCAGUAAAAGCUCUGACCUAUCUGCUUAAGCAUGGUAUAGUUGGUUACGCAAUUGGUACUCUGUGGAGGUUGAAAACCAGUUGGAGCCUGUCAAUUUUCGUGUGCACAAUUGUACGAGCACUCGGUUCAGUUGGCUUUGUCUUGAUUUCAUCUUUCUUGAUAAGGGAAAACAUACUAGCUUUGAUCACCAUUAACAUCCAUGCUUCUCUUACAUUCGUGCUCACUGCCGCCAGUGUCAAUAUCAUUCCUUCAAUGAACUUCAUUUAUACCCUAUUCGGGACUUUGGUUUUGUUGAAUUGUGGAGUUUUCGUGUUCUUGCUCCACAUAUUUUAUGCUGUUUUUCUUAUUACAAUGGGAAUGAAGUCUUCACUAAAAUUGCCAAGAUGGUUAGAAAAGCGUAUUAGAAUUAAAGAAAGAUCAAAAUGAAGUUACUUGAUGCACAAGCUAGGAGUGUUCUACAAGCUUUAGCAAAUUGGUUGUAACUAACUAAUAACUACUUUUCCCGCCAUUUUUCGUUUUCCAUUUGUGUAUAUAUACCAACCAGUGAUGUAAUAACAAACUCAUGAGAUCAUUUUAUCUCUUUACAAUUUCAAUUCAUCUUUCUCUCAA